AUGGUCAACAUCCACUGCGCCUAUAGCGAACAGAUCAACCCCUCCAGCUCAUCACUCACCCUCACCAGAAACCAGAUAUGGAAAGGUCUUCAACGCAAGAUCCGGAAUGCACAGGACUUCGUACCCGUGAUAGACAAGACGGAGGUAGUGGAGGACAAGGACGGCGUGGUAACGCGAAUAACAUACUACGAUACUAAGGAAGACCAGCCUGGACAUACUGUGAAGGAGGUCUGUAAGGAGUAUCAUCCCACUAAGGUCGACUUCCACCAACCUAAUGGCACCCUCAUUACGAACACUAUCUCAGACGGCCCUAGCCUUAAGGACGAGGGUCUCUGCAUGACAUAUACUUUCGAGUGGCAGUAUCCCAAGGUCGAGGAUGGGAGCGACGAGCAUAAGAAAUUGAUUGCUGAGCAUGUGCAAAUGGCCAAGGAUGCGGUACAAAGUUCUAUCGAAGCUAUGAGGAAGAUGGCUAAGGCUGGUGAGCUUGGACAGUAG